CGGACUGACGUUCCUGAUAUUGAACUAGUCAAAAUGAUUGAACUUGGCUCUGAAUUAUAGACAGUUCUGGCGUGUAGUCUAAGUUUGCUUACCGUGAUUUCACGUUCAGUUUCUCUCGGCAAAAUGGCCGUGUCCUUUGUUUAUUUCUUCGUUGUUUACUGCGCAUUGGCAGUAGGAGCUCAAAGUCCUUCGUGUCCCGAUACUAAUCCCACCUCGUACUGUAGCUGCUAUCCCGAAGGCUCUGGAUUCUGGAUUGAAUGCGAAGGCGAUUACGCCACUGCCGAGAAAAUGAGCGAAGCCCUCACGUUCUAUCAAUCGUACGCGCUCAUCGUCCGAUUCGAUAUCAUUCGAAUUAAGCAAAACGUAUUUAACUACGUACCGGACGAUUUCCUGGUAGCCAAUCAGAUUUCGAGCGUUUCGUUCCAGUGCAACCAUUAUCACAACGUCAACGACGGUUUGCUAAUGAUCAGCGUUAACGCAUUCAAAGACAGUUUCGGCGAAUGCGGAUUGACGGGCAAUUUGACUUUCAGAGAUUGUAAUCUGCGUCAGUUCGAUGCGGCUGUUUUGAAUAAUUGCCAUCAGCUGAAACACCUGGCCUUCGUAGACAGUCACGUCGAGAGCCUCAUCGACUUUCCCACGCUAAAGAAUUUGCAGAAUUUCACAGUUUAUUCUCCCAGGCAAUGGACAGCCGCUCCGCAAAGAGGUCUUUCACGAAUGGCUUUAGCUCCAGGAGCUUCGCUUCCUCUGCUUUCCUAUCUGGAUCUUACUGGUAAUAGCCUGGAAGAUGAUUCCGUCAAGUUCGUGUCCCAGGAAGCCAGUAUGCAAGAGAUGCAUUUGGAAGGCAAUCAUUUCUUCUCCGUUCCCAAUUUGACUAACUGCUUGAAUUUGCAUACCUUCUCGACGACCCUGGACAUCAGCUCUUCCGUUUCCAUUCAACUUCCUGAUCCCAGGGAACAGCUGCAGCCUCUGGAAGCUUCUUUUUAUUCCAGUUCCAAUACGGUUCAUGAAGUCACUUCUUUAAGAGGUAUGUUCGGCUAUGACGUCCUCAACCUGAAACUGGACAUGACGAGGUUUGAUGAGAGUGUCUUCCUUGGCCCACUUCUGUCGAGUAACCUCAUCAUUAAUCUAAAUUCUGAUUCGAAGUUCUUAUGCGGCUGCAAUAUCGCGUGGCUGGUACGUGAUAAUCGCCAGUUACUCAAUCGCGUUCGCAACGGAUUUUGCGCGGAUGGAACCGCGUUUGAAUCCAUUCCGGAACAAGAAUUAUCAGGCUGUUUAAAAGACUCACGCGUCCGCCAUCGUAUUGAUCGUUCCCAUAAAAACAAUGGCAGUCCGGGAGUGAUGGUGAGCUCCCGUUACGGUCGGAACGCUGGACGACAGUCAUAGGUCGAUUUGCGGAUUGAUGGAUGAUUCACAUCAACCUCCAUUUCGCUAACAAUAAAUCUAUUUCAAUACAAUAACGUUACUACAAUAUAGGAUCGUUGAUUUUCAAUCCCGAACGGCCUUUAAUUGCAUUGGCACCCGUCCUGUAUUGUUAGCA